UAUUUGUUAAAAUUAAAUAUAUAUUGGUUCUCGAAACAAAUAUUCAAUAUCUCUGUUACUGAAUUGUAGACGCAAUAAAAAUGAGUAAAAGUUAAUGUAAGAAAUACAAUAUUUUCUGCAACUAAAAUUUAAAGUAGGAAUAUUUGGGGUUAAGAUAUUUAAUUCAUUUCUUAAAAGUUUCAAAUAUUAAGGUUUUGAACAAAUAUUUUUGUUUUUACAUAUUAUAUACACUUUGUUAGAAAUCAAAUCUUAAUAAAUCGUUUCGUAUAAGAAAAAUAUUAUGUAAGUACAAAAAAAUUUGUUUUAUAUAAUAUUCGUAAUUUAAAUAAAAAUGUAAUGCGAGCAUUAGUAAGUACGUGUCACUCAAUACUUAAUAUAAAUCGUUGAAUUAGUGAUAUUCUUUCAAAAAGUAAUAUUUUUUGUAUAGGGAAAUUUAUCUGAACAAUGUAUUGUAUGUCUAAACAAUUGUAUAGAGAAAUCUUUUAUAUAUUUACUAAAUAUUGUUUGAUUAAAAUUAAUUUCUAAUGCUUUCUAACUAUUUGUCAAUAAAUCUUAUAAAUUUAAGCGAUUGUAUUGUGAAUUAAUUUCAUAUUUUAUUACUUUUAAUUUUAUUAUUGCUUUUUGUGAAAACAUAAACUUUAUAAAUCAACAUUAUAUACAUCAUCAAGAACAAUGACAAAUGCAGAAGUUGUUAAAAAUAUGUCAGACUGGGAACCAUUGCGACUGACAUAUACUAAACCAUCAUUUAAUACUCAAGAAUCAACUUUGGCAGCACGACAAGAUUUAUGGCACAAAUUCAUUUUAUUUGGCAUAGGACAAUAUAAAGCAACAGAAGUGUUGAGAACUGUUAUUGUUGCUUGUGAACCUGAAAUUAUAUUACCCAUUAUGUAUAAAGAGGAAAGUCCCAACAAAAGUACAUUCCUGACAAAAUGUAGCUGCAGCGCUAUUGAAAAUCUUGUAAAGCAAGGUUUAUGCAUAACAUUGUCAAAUGGACAAGAAUUACGUAUUGAUAUUAUAUUGGGAUAUACAGAUUCUCAAAGUUUACAAUUGAAUCCUAAUAGAAUUAUAGCACAGGCACUUUAUUAUAGGUAUGAACCUACAAAAAAGGUAUUGAACCUUGAUGAUUUUGAAAAUGAAAAGUCAUUAAACUCUAUAUAUUGUCCCAUAUCUUUACCUAAAAUAUUACACUUUGUUUUAAGAUGUACUAAAAUGGGUAUUUUAAGCAAUAAUCGUGAUUCACGGUUACCUGUUAGAGAACUGACUUUAAGAUAUAAUCAAAUUACAGGCAUUGUCUUUUUUGAAAAAUUUUUUAAUUAUCAUUUAACCAAAUUAGACUUACGUCAUAAUCAAAUCACAGAUGUGGAAUACUUACGCUAUUUUAGUGAGUUUAAAAUAAGUGAACUUUGGUUGGAUGGGAAUCCACUGUGUGCAAAAUACAGCAAGUGUCAAGAUUAUGUGCAAGCAGUAAAAAAUGUUUUUCCUCAUUUACAAAAAUUGGAUGGAAUUGUAAUAGGUAUGGAACAAAAGUUUGUUCCUAAUAUUCAAAGUAACUUUCUAAGAGAUGGUACAAGUACUUGUUUGAUCAAACAAUUUGUGAAGCAUUUUUUCACAUUAUAUGAUCAAGAUGAUAGACAAGUGAUGAAUGGUUUAUAUGACAGAGAUGCACUUUAUUCUAUGACUCUGGGAUCUGUUUCAAAUUACAUUCAUAAACAGCUAACUAAGACGUUUGUUACAAACAGAAAUUUACUAAAAUUUGUUGAUUAUGCAAAGUGCCAAGAAUUUUUAUUACGUGGACCAGAAAAAAUCAUUUCUGCGCUCAGAAAUCAACCGCCUACGAUACAUCACUUUAAAACAUUUUAUAUAGAUUUAUUGUAUGAAGGAGAGAUUCAUAUUGCAAUUUCUGUGCAAGGAAUGUUCUCAUUUCGAGACAUUCACCAAUGUCCUCCAAUGUUUUUCAAUAGAACUUUUAUGAUUAUGAAAAAAGAAGAUAAUGAAUAUUGCAUUACUAAUGAUCAGUGUUAUCUUGAUGGAACACCUGCUAAUGGCACUUUGUCGGGAAACAGUGAAAUAAGGUUUGAAUCAAAAGGUGCUCCAAAAUUUAUUCCAACAGUGUUUAGUGUUUCUGAAAAAGAACAAUUACUUACAUUUUUACAUGAAUUAACUACAAUGAAUAUGAAAUUUUGUCACCAAUAUCUUGAAGAUGCCAACUGGGAUAUUAGAACUGCUAUUGUGACAUUUAUGAAUAUGUAUACAGUCAACAAUGUGCCACCUGAAGCUUUUCUAUAAUAUGUAUUUUACUGUAUAAUAUUUAUAUAAUAUAGAUGUCAUUAUUUGUUACAUGCCUGUAAUAUAACAAGAAAAUUGUAUAAUUGUACUAUAAAUUUGUACCUAUGUAAAAUAUUAAAUUAGUUUUAUUUUAUAUAAGUACAGAAAAAAUUCAUUUUCAACUUCAUAUAAUAAUUUCAUUAAUAUUAUUUUUAAAAAUAUAUUACUACCUGAAUAAAAUAAGUGCCAUUUUUAUAAAAAAAAUCUUUAUUUCAUUUUAUACAAAAUAUAAAAUUACAAUUUUCAUGAUAUUAACAACCUUGUUGUGUAUUUAGCAGAGCAAUGGUUUUAUUUAUAUAUGGUAUGGUAUUCACAUUUGAAUUUACUCCUAAUUCAAAUACUUUUUGCAUUAACGGUAAAGCGUGUUCUGAAAUAAAAUAUAAUUUAUCAGAAUACAACAUAUAUUAUCAAAAGAGGUACUAGAAUAAACUAAAGAGAAAUAUACCUUGCAUACAUAAUACAAUUUCUGGUAAUUUCUCUAGAGCUGACAUUAAUAUAUCAGCUCUAGAACUAUCCAAACACCUUUGAAAUGCAGACAAGAUAUUUGCAUUUGAUGCUGGAUGAUGUUUUAAUGCUCUUGCUAAUAAUGUAUGAGCAAGAGAUCUUAUGUUACUUUGCGGAGAUACAAGCAAUUCUGCUAUAUUGUCUGUUAUAGAUUCCAAGACUGAAGGUUUUCGUGAUGACAAAUGCUCAAUUUCUUGAAGAGCGCUAAAUACAUCUAAAGCAUAAUAUUAAAAUUUGUAUAUUCUAAUAUUAUAACGAUAUUUAAAUUGAAAUUAAAUCAUAUUUUCUAAUCAUACCUUCACCUUGCAGUUUAGAUAAUGUAGUUAACAAUGAAGGCCAAUGCUGUGGAAUAAUGGAUUCUGUUGGAGGUGGAGUAGGAGGAACAGUAAUUAAAAUCUCCUCUAUGUCUUCUCCUUCUCUUGGCAUUGGAAUGCCUGAUACAAGCGUUCUAAGUGUAACUAGAUUCGGAUAAUGUACCUGCAAUUCACUAUAUGUAAGUGUAAGCUGAUAUCUGAAAUUCAUAGAAGAAAUUAUAGUUACUACUUACUGUAGAGCCUGAGCAUGUUUCUGCAAAUAUUUCAAUGCCCUUUGUGCAUUAUAAGAGAUGUAUGCUUGUAGUAAUGUAAUAAAUCUAUUUAAGAGUG